UGUGACGCAUCGCAUUAAAGAGCAAGAGUUCUUUUCCAGAAUGAAUUCCUCUUUACAUUCUUCCUCUCCCACAAAAAUAUUAAAAUCAAUCCCAUAAUCAUAAAUUCUUCCCCGAAAAUCUCCCUAAAAACAAAAUCAUCCUUUACCCUUAAAAUAGAUUGAAAUCAAUGGACGGAGCAUGCUGCACAGCUUCUUCCCCAACGUCGUCGCCGGAGAUUCCGAAGCGGCAGCCGGAGAAGCCCUACCGAGGCAUACGGAUGCGCAAGUGGGGGAAGUGGGUGGCGGAGAUACGCGAGCCGAACAAGCGCUCCAGAAUCUGGCUCGGCUCCUACUCCUCCCCCGUCGCGGCGGCGCGUGCCUACGACACCGCCCUAUUCCACCUCCGCGGCCCCUCCGCCCGCCUCAAUUUCCCCGAGUUCGUUUCCAAGGACGCCGCCGACGGCCUAUCCGCCGCCGCGAUCAGGAAAAAAGCCACCGAGGUCGGCGCAAGAGUCGACGCGAUGCAAACUGGAUCGGGCCGGGCCUCGGAGAAGCCCGACUUGAAUGAGUUUCCCUGCCCGGAGACCUCGGAGGAAAAUUGAAUUAGUCUGAUUAUGGGAUUUUUUUUAAUAUUCGCGGGAAAAUUAACUGUAUUUUCUUGAAUUCGAUUUAUAUAAAGAAAAGAUAAUUGUAUAAAAGGUUGUACGUAGGGAAAUAAUUAUUGAUGCGUCCAAAUUAUUUAAAUUCUGAUCAAUAAUAGUAUGGGCUAUUUUAUGAUGAA